CACAGCGCAGAAUGUGUCUGGGAUGCAACCAGUAGUUUAGAGGGACUGCUUUGAAGUAGUUGCGCAUCACUGACGGACUCCAGCGCCUUGAAAACCGCUGAAAGUCACGUUUUUUCCAUUCAAAGAACUAAAUGGCUCGGACGUACAAACGAUACAACAUAUGUAGAUGAGUGAUUCGAUAUUCUAAGCGUUUGGGAAAUGCAAACGAUUGCCCGGCUGUAAAUUCAGACGCGAAACGCUCAAGCAGCCAUGCAUUUGUGCAGCUCUGUGGGUUCUUUGCUCCUCCUCCUUUUCAUCAGCAGGAGCAUGGAUGGCUCUGUCGCCAGCACAGAGGAGAUCUUGCCUCCCACCAUUCAGAAACUGAUGAAGGGAUACAACAAGUACCUUAGGCCAUUCUUUGGCAAUGGGCCUGUUACUGUAGGAAUGAGUCUGGAUAUCGCCAGCAUAGACACCAUAUCAGAAAUCAACAUGGAUUACACAGCCACCAUCUUUCUUCGCCAGCGCUGGACAGAUGAACGCUUGUGUUUUGAUGGCAAUAAGAGCUUGAGUCUGGAUGGGAGAUUGGUAGAGCUCCUUUGGGUCCCUGAUACAUUCAUUGUGGAUUCCAAGAAAUCCUUCCUGCAUGACAUCACUGUCGAAAACAGACUGAUCCGGAUAUUCCCCAACGGAACUGUGCUAUAUGCCCUGAGAAUUACUACAACGGUGGCCUGCAGUAUGGAUCUAACUAAAUAUCCCAUGGACAGACAGACGUGCACCCUUCAACUUGAAAGCUGGGGAUAUAAUGUGAAAGAUGUGGUUUUCCAUUGGACACGGGGAAACCAGUCAGUUAGUGGUCUUGAUCAUUUACAGCUGGCUCAGUACACCCUUGAGGAUCACUACACCUCUGAAUCUGAAGCCGUUUAUGAGACUGGUAAUUACCCAAAGUUGAUCUUCCACUUCAAACUCAAGCGGAGCAUCUUAUAUUUCAUUCUGGAGACGUACGUUCCUUCCAGUGCUCUGGUGGUCCUGUCAUGGGUCUCAUUCUGGAUCAGUCAAUCUUCAGUACCUGCUCGCAUCUGCAUAGGAGUGACCACAGUCUUAACUAUGACCACCCUUAUGAUGGGAGCCCGCACCUCUCUACCCAAUGCCAAUUGCUUCAUCAAAGCUAUCGAUGUGUAUCUGGGCAUCUGCUUCAGCUUCAUCUUUGGCGCUCUGAUUGAAUACGCAGUCGCUCAUUUCUGCACAUUACACCAGCCAAACGCUGCCAAUGCAUAUAUGGAUGGCCAGGAAAUGCAGGAGCGCGAGGAUGAGAUGAACGGCAUCGUCACUUCCAUCGGCAGCCGCGCUUUGCGGGCCCGUAAACGGGAGGAGAUGCUGUCCCGGAUGGGCAGCACCAGCAACCCCACCCCCAGUGAAAGUAAGGAGGACAUCAACUCCUCGCAGCCACAGACCCGCUGCACCAAAUGCAUGUCGACGGCACGCCAAAUCGUGCGCUGUCUGAACUGCUGCAAAGUGGAAAACCCGCACUACAUCGACAACUACUCAAGGCUGACCUUCCCCCUCUCCUUCAUCUUCAUCAACCUCCUCUACUGGACAUACUACUUGUACUUCUAAAGCUCCUGUUGUCUGUGUGUGUGUUGAGAGUCAAUAGUGAUGUAUGUGUGUCCCUUUUUGUGUCACAGUUUACCUAGGGGUUUUUACUCUUACAUGUCAGCAUGCAUUUAAGUUCAACUUGAGUAUGACUAACUUGAGUUCAUGUCACCCAAGUAUGCGUCAUUCCUUGAGGUACGCAGGAUCUGAGUGAGUUUGGACUACACAGAUAUAUGCAGAUUUGUACCAUGUCUACAUCUCUGUGUCAGAAAUAUGUGGCCUUCAUUUUCCGAUAGAGCUUUAGAUUCACUCAAAUCCACAACAAAAUCGGCCUAGCUGUAAAUUGCGAUAUGAAUUUAUGAUAUCUGUACAACUAUUUAAAAUUGACAUGAAUGUUAGUAUAAUUACUUGUCUUUUAGCACAAAAAAGCAUGAUUUAUAAAUCACUGUUGACACACGCAACAAAACAUAAGCAAUUCAUGAAAGCGAAAGUUGGAAAAAAAUAAUAAGAAUGGUUUAAUUUAUUAAUUGAACUUCAGAAUCGUUUCAGCAUGUUUGACAGCUAUAGUAAUAAUAACCGGACCAAAGAUUUAAUGUGUAUCUAAUGUUCAUAAUUACAAUCUGAAUUCAUAUGAGCGCAAGUUAUGCAUUGUUUUUGGGGCAUAUACUGUAUGUAUUUGCAAAUUCAGCAGUCAUAUGUCUUGUUAUCAGCUGCCAAACAAGAAUCAAGCUGUUUUGACUCAUUUUCUCCUGGUGAUUUAUCUGUGUGAGUUGUAUGGGUAUAUUCUCUUAGGGAUAGAAGCUCUGAUUAUGAAUGAUUCUGUAUUAUUUGCAUGAUCAUUUAUUUAUUCUGCUGUAUAUUGUUGUAUUUGUUCAUUUAUUUUUUUGGUAAUGAAAUGCUUUUAUCUGAUCUAAAGCUCUUUGACCUAGUUAAAGUUGGGCCAUUAAAGGAAUAGUUGACCCAAAAAUGAAAAUAUGCUGAACAUUUUCUCAUCCCCAGGCGAUAUAAGAUGUAGAUGAGUUUGUUUCUUCACUGGAACAGAUUUGGAGAAAUUUAGCAUUGCAUCA